AUGUUCGAGUGCAACAUCUGCUUCGAGACUGCGUCCGAGCCUGUCGUAACACGCUGCGGCCAUCUGUUCUGCUGGAAGUGCCUGCAUCUGUGGCUGUCGGCACCCAGGAGGUCUACCUUCGGAAGCCUGCAGCCCAGCGACGGCCGCAGCAGCUGUCCUGUCUGCAAGGCGGCUGUGUCGGCACAGACGGUCAUUCCAGUCUAUGCACGCGACGGCAGCAGUACGGAUCAGCAGCGCGCCGAGAACGUCCCUCCACGCCCUGCAGGCGAGUGGCAGGAGCCGGAGCCCCCUGAGGCUCAGGCCUUUACCUAUGGUGGCACCGCCUCGCGCUACAGGCCCUGA